AUGCUACUUCAAGAUGAUCUGUGUAUGGUCAUAGAAGGCCAGCCAGAUCGCGCAUUCAGGAACGAACGCAACAUGUAUAACAUACAGACAAAUAUCUUUGUCUGGGUUUUCAGAUGA